CAAGUUUAGUUACUGUUACUUAAACUGGAGUCGUACUUUCGUUCUCACCUACAUCGUCAUAUAGUUCAUUAACUGUUGAUAGUGCCGGCGAAACCAUUCAAGAUGGAGAGCCCAAUAAGCGAGUACUCCUCUUUCCAUGUAAGCCCCACGGCUGAAUGGCGGAUGGUAGGCGAAUGCGAAGCAGCACCCAGCUCGUUGUCGAAGAAGCCUAGAAAGAGCCGUAACCAGCUGCACCGUAAUCACGUUUUGCAUUCAACGGCACACGGGUCUUCAGCCGUGCACCCGCGUGGCAAGGCUUUUUUGACACAAAGGGGCACUGCCUUGACUUCUAGAAGUGAUGUCAGCAAAGCGGUCGAGCACACCCAGACUCCUACGCACACGAGUCGUAAGCAAGGGCAGAAGCGGAACGUACUGCAUCACAGUCCACUCGCGGAGCAUGGACAGGAAGGGAGUCAUGGAAAAAGGGUAUCACGGUCGCACGGACAGCAUAGUGUAUCUUCAGUGCAUUCGUCCGGAAAGAAUCCAAGGCGUGAGACCCACUUGACUCCAGUCAAAGUCACCGAAGGCGAUAUACCAGCUCUUUCGAAGCUCGUUGCGCGUGCCGCAGAGGCGGGCUUUCUUCCCGUAGGAGACAAAUCUGGUGUCGGUUAUGCCUAUGAAAAUCUGAAGGAGUUUUUAGAUCGGCCACCUGCGACUGAUGCUGAUACAGAGAAGAAGGACGAAGGGGUGGCGAAGCAAGAGGCUCCCUCAGCACUUGUAGCAGCCGUGAGCAAGGACGGGUCGCUUUCGGUCUUAUUGGCUGCAGUGCUGCAGGUUCUUGUGAGACUGAAAAAGCAUAUGAUGCGGAAUGAGGAAAAUGCCUGGAUCUGCGAGGCGGAUAAGGAAAAGAUCCACCGUCUGCACAGAUUUUUCGAAGAUAGCAUGAAAUACAUCGACAAAUCCGAACCGACGUUCUUGGCGCGCCUCUAUCACUUCCUAAAAAGUAGCUCUCGUCUUCAAAGUGAUGCACUACAUGCUCUUUCUGCAGAGCUAUCCACGACCAACCAUGAAGGACAGAGCACUGUCUGGAGGCUCCCUAGUGGUACCUUGCUCGUUCCAACGAUUGCCACUUAUCCUGGCGAACAUAACGUUGCGCAUGGCAAAGAUCACGUCGCGGAUGACGGGCACCAUGUGGCUCAUGCCA